UAGCCAGUGUCCCGGCCGCUCCCGGGGUGUGGAGAAAUCCCGCGGCGGCGUGCGCUGGGAGGACUGACCGUCAGCCCCGCCGAGCGGAGAACCGGCUUGUACCCCCGAGGGCUGCCUGGGCGAUUUGGCCAGAGCCAUGCGGACCGAGUUCGGAGCUGAGGGUGAGCGCCACCGGCCGUUGCACUUGCUGCCCAGCGCCCAGCGCACACCUCCUGCCUUCUUCGUUCCUGCUCGCAGCCUGAGAGGGGAAUAAAGGAGGGUAAACGAGCCCGGACUCGCGCACGGGACCCCCAAGCUGAAACCCUGCGCUGGUGUGCCCGGCAGUCAUCCGACUCGGGCGAGCGUCCAUUCGGGGAUGCACGGGGUGGCUCCUGUCGCGGGUGAAGCCUUCAGGGACCGCAGAACAGCAGUCCCAGGUGCCCUGUGAGUCCUCACCCAGGAGUCCCAUUGGCAAGUGUCACUCUUAAGGCAGCCCCAGUGGGCACUGAGCCACCGGUUUAAGAAGGCGAUGGCUUAGGAGUCUGUGGCCUUACGGCCCGGCGUCGCUGGUCCUGCACGUCGCGGCAGAGGGGAGUGGCCCUCCUGGAAAGUGCCGCGAACGGAUAGUCUGCGAGGAGGCUGGGAGUGACGGGGCCGCCAGUUCUUGGAGACCCCUCUGUGCGCUCUGGAGACGCGCCGCCUGCGCCCUGGGCGGUACCAUGUGGGGCGGACGCCGCUCGCCCGCCGCCUCCUCCCGGAACGCCGCUUCGCUCCUGCAGCUGCUGCUGGCGGCGCUGCUGGCGGCGGGGGCGCGGGCCAGGGGGGAGGGCAUCAUGUCUUUGGGUACCCAAGGAACUGGCAAGGGGGCUCCCCAUCCCGAGAAGGCCCAGCAGGAACACUUCCUUAAAGGCUCCGCCAGAAGGAAAGCAGCUCCUUGGGGCUUUCCUGUGAGCGAUGUACUUUACCAGACCUCCAAGAGGUUCGAACCCUCCUGGCUGUCAGGCUGCACCUUCCACCUGCCGCUGCCAAGGCCUCACGGGUUUCUGUUUCUUACCAUGUCCGAUGGAAUCACAGUGUUGUUUCUGUCCUUCUCUCCAGUCCCCAUCUACGUGCCGUUCCUCAUCGUGGGCUCUGUGUUUGUCGCCUUUAUCAUCUUGGGGUCGCUCGUGGCAGCCUGUUGCUGCAGAUGUCUCCGUCCGAAGCAGGAGCCCCAGCAGAGCCGAGCCCCCGGGGGCAACCGGCUGAUGGAGACCAUCCCCAUGAUCCCCAGCGCCAGCACUUCCCGGGGGUCAUCCUCCCGCCAGUCCAGCACAGCUGCCAGUUCUAGCUCCAGUGCCAACUCUGGCGCCCGAGCGCCCCCAACGAGGUCACAGACCAACUGUUGCUUGCCCGAGGGGACCAUGAACAACGUGUAUGUCAACAUGCCCACGAACUUCUCUGUGCUGAACUGUCAGCAGGCCACCCAAAUCGUGCCCCAUCAAGGGCAGUAUCUGCAUCCGCCAUAUGUGGGGUACACGGUGCAGCAUGACUCUGUGCCCAUGACGCCUGUGCCCCCCUUCCUGGAUGGCCUGCAGCCUGGCUACAGGCAGAUCCAGUCCCCCUUCCCCCACACCAACAGUGAACAGAAGAUGUACCCGGCAGUGACUGUAUAACAGCACCCCCAGCUGCCUUCCUCCAUGACACUGAGAGGAAAACGAUGGAUUCUCAAGGCGGAAGUCCGCAUGAGCUGGUGGUGUUUAUGGCACGCUUCUUCUGGAUGGCUUUGUU